UGACAGCAACUCAUCUGUCGUAAAGCUCUUCGGCUCGACAGUUGGAUUCUCCUCACUAUUGCUCGUUACAGCAAUAAAUUAUACGGUUCCUCUACUAAACUCCAGCGCAUAUUCGAAGUCCUGCAAUAAUGUCUGAAUUACAACACAGAUGGUUUGCUCGAAGCGAUGCUGUUCGUGACGGCGGUUUUAACGGGGCAAAUCAGAUCGAUCUUCGUUGCGGUAUAUCGUCAUAGGAUCGCACGUUUAUUUACGACCUGCAAAGAAUUGUGGAAUCAAUCCGUUCCCGCAGACCGCAAAAUAAUUUUAACAUGGAUCAGACGGGCUAAAUUUAUCAGUACGAUUUACUUUUGUGCCGCAAAUUGUCUGGUGAGCGUGUUCGUCGUUGCUGCGACGCUCCAACAGCUCUCAUUUCCUGAAAAUUCCACAGCGAAAUAUUACCCAUUCACACCUCAAGAGGAUUCAACUCCGAGUCCACAGUAUGAAAUCAAGUUCGUCGUUCAGGUGAUAUGCUGCUUCUGCAGCAUGUCGUACAUCGCUGCUUGCGACAUGACCGGGACGAUAUUAACUCUGUACCUGUGUGGACAACUCGCUCUUGUCAAAAGCUGGCUCAGAAAUGAUUUGUCGAAAAAAAAAUACAGCCAAAGGAAAGGAAACACCAACGAUGAUCUCGAGGAGAGAUUUAAGAAGUGCGUCCGCCGCCAUCAAAUCGUUCUGGAACUCUGUACAGAACUGGAAAAUGCGAUUCGGUAUAAUUAUCUAAUACAAAUCGUCACCGAGAUGUACAUCAUGGCAAUUUCCGCGGCAAGUUUCACAAAGAGUUCGGGAUCGUUUCGAUACUUUGCAACAUUUAUUUUGUCCAUCAACGGGCUUUUCUUUUCUUGUUGGCCAUCGGAUACUCUCUCUUAUGAAAGCACCGAAAUAGCGCACGCGGUCUAUGAAGUCCCAUGGUACGAUGGAUCGCCCCUGGUGAAAACUAUGGCUGUAGUUCUGAUCGCACGAUCUCAGCGCCCGGCGAUACUCACCGCGGGAAAAUUCAUACCAUUAUCCUUGGAGGCUUUUUCUUCUAUAACAUCCAGCGGUAUAUCUUUCUGCAUGCUCCUCCGCAGUUUAUGAAUCACGGAUCUUGCAUGCAUAAAUUGAAAUUGUACUCGUAUUUGUGGUCGGAAUAUCUUAACAUGGCCGCACUGAGAGAAGGGGUUUAAUAAAAAUCGGUAUUUAUUUGACAAGAUAUUUCAAGAUACUUCUUAUUCGAAAAAUUUCACUCGAUUUAAAACAUUAUUCAUUGAUUCGCAGCCUAUUGAAUUUUGUCAAACAACAUUCGUAUAUGGGGUAAAUUCUUAUUUAGGCAAACAUGUUCGAUGAAUUAAAAAAACGUAUUUUCUUGUGCGUAACAAUAUGGACGAAUGAGAAUAUUGUGAAACAAAUUAGUAUUCAAAAAUAUGCGGAACAUCUGUACUCGAGUUUUCAAUUUCUAAUACUUGAAUUUGGCAGAGGCAAAUUCAGGGAGUGACGGGAAAUACUGUUCGAGAACCAGUGUGACUUCUUUUGAUGCCAUUUCUUUGCAUCAAAGAGAAGCAGUUGUACGAAUUCAAUAGCAUAACGCAGCGUAUAAAUAAUUAAUACGAUUCAAUUCAACGAUCCUCUUCAAUCGGUAUCUUAGAUUUAGAAAUGAAGAAGUAUAAAUUGCGUGCAGAACGUAGAUCUGCGAUAAUAAUUUAUG